ACAGCCCAACAAGGAGGCUUGGGCUGGACAGCCCUUCCUUUCUCUCUCCAAGAGGCAGCAGCUGGAAGCUGUCAGCCGUAAAACACAGGCAACCUCUCACAGCCAUCCAGGGUUGACUGGCUCAGCGAGGUGUGAUGCAGUUCAUUAUGGAGGUUCCUCUUCAAAUGCUUUCACCCUGAAAAGCACUGGGGAGAAUCUGAAGAAUCAUAGCAGUCUCUGGACGACUGCUGUUGAUGGCUUUUCUUUCCAUCCCUUUGCUGAUUAAAUCGAGGGCCUGCCUUCUCUGCAACUCUGCCACAGGACUUUGAGAGAAGAGUUCAGCCAUAGAUAAGACGACGGGGGAGAAAGUGGCCAUCAAGAAGCUGUGCCGACCGUUCCAGUCAGAGAUCUUUGCCAAGAGAUCAUACAGAGAGCUCAUGCUGCUAAAGCACAUGCAACAUGAGAACGUUAUUGGGUUGCUUGAUGUCUUCACCUCAGCCACCUCCUUCAAUGGAUUCCAGGACUUCUACCUGGUGAUGCCGUACAUGCGGACAGAUUUACAAAAGAUCAUGGGACAUGAGUUCAGUGAUGAAAAGAUCCAGUACCUGGUCUACCAAAUGCUGAAAGGUUUGAAGUACAUUCAUUCUGCUGGAAUCAUUCACCGGGACCUGAAGCCAGGCAAUCUGGCCGUCAAUGAAGACUGCGAACUAAAGAUCUUGGACUUUGGCUUGGCGAGACACACAGAUGCUGAGAUGACUGGCUAUGUUGUGACGCGUUGGUACAGAGCACCAGAAGUCAUUCUGAACUGGAUGCAUUACAACCAGACGGUGGACAUCUGGUCUGUUGGUUGUAUCAUGGCAGAAAUGCUGACUGGGAAAACCCUGUUUAAAGGUAAAGAUUAUCUAGAUCAGCUGACCCAGAUCUUGAAAGUAACCGGACUCCCAGGAGAGGAGUUCGUGCAGAAAUUGGAGGACAAAGCGGCUAAGAAGUAUAUCCAGUCCCUUCCCAAGAUUCCCAAAAUGGAUUUAUCCCAGCUUUUCUCCAAAGCCAAUCCUCUGGCGGUGGAGCUGCUCGACCAGAUGCUGCAGCUGGAUGUGGGAAAGCGUCUCACAGCCACAGGAGCUCUGGCCCAUGCAUAUUUUGACCAACUCCGAGAUGCUGAGGAGGAGACAGAGGCGCAGCAGCCCUACAACGACUCCUUGGAGCACGAGCAGCUUUCCACAGAUGAGUGGAGAAGGCAUACUUACAAUGAGAUUCAGUCCUUCAGUCCGAUUGCCCGGAAGGACUCCAAGAGGCGGAGUGGUAUGUCAUUGUAGUGGCUGGGCUGGCCAAGGUUGGGGCUCACUCCCUCUGCGGGGUCACGAAAGAGGAUGCCUAUCGGGAUUUGGACCACCCCAGCGCCAGAUAUUUAUCAACAUGGGGGUGUGGAACUUCUGUACAUGUGUGGAACAGAAGGAUGUUGAAUACCCAAGAGUGUUGGGCUUUGUCCUGUGGGAGGAAACUGCACCAGAUACAUCUUUCAGUGCCAAAGAUUAAUGUAUUUCUCAUUAAAACCUCAAUUAGUAGAAUUGUA